CCAUUACACAUGGAAGGCAGAAUUUUACCUGCACCUGAAUUGUUGAUGGAUGCACCAGUUCAACCAAGAGAAGGAGUAUGGGAUGCUAGGAGGAGAUUAUUUUACAGAGGAGCAGAUAUAAACACAUGGGUGGUGAUGAAUUACAAUCCAAGAUUUGUUGACCAACGAAGUACUGAGACAUUCAUUACCAAAUUACUUCACAUGGCUGAUGAGAAAGGGAUGAAAUUUUCUGAGCCAGUUGCUGCAUUUGGUGUACGGACACCCUGUCCUGAGCAAGAUUUUACAAGGCUUAAGCAGGAAUACUCAAACCUACAAUUGGUAUUAGUUAUCUUAGGAAGAGGAGGUGAUCUUUAUGCUCAUAUCAAGAGGACAGGGGACACUGAAGUUGGUAUAUUGAGCCAGUGUGUUCAAGCAACAAAUGUGACUGCAAUUAAACCACAGACACUUGGAAACAUUCUCCUGAAGAUCAAUGCAAAGAUGGGUGGUAUUAACAAUGUUCUUUCAAGAACUGGAAUGCCUAUGAUAUUAGAAAGACCUGUUAUGAUUAUGGGUGCAGAUGUAAAUCAUCCAUCAGCUGGAGAUGGAGAAUCCCCGUCCAUGGCUGCAGUUGUUGCCUCAUAUGAUAGGUUUGCCUCCAAAUUUUCUGUAGAAGUGAGACCUCAGCCACAUCGUGUGGAAAUAAUUCAAGAUCUAAAGGAAAUGACCAAAAACUUGUUAAGGUCAUUCUUCAUUUACACAAAAGGACAUAAGCCCGAAAGAAUUGUUAUGUAUCGUGAUGGAGUUAGUGAGUCUCAGUUUCAAGAAGUAUUGUCAUAUGAGCUGAAAGCUAUGCGAACAGCUUGUACUGAAACAGAAGUUGACUACACACCUGGCAUCACUUUCUUAGUGGUUCAAAAGCGGCAUCAUACAAGAUUGUUCUGUGAGGACAGAGAUGGUGUUGGUAAGUGUAAGAAUGUUCCACCUGGUACUGUUGUGGAUUCUGGGAUCACACAUCCAAGUGAGCGAGAUUUCUAUCUCUGCUCUCAUCAAGGUAUUCAAGGUACCAGCAAACCAACUCAUUACCAUAUUCUGUGGGAUGACAAUGAUAUGACAAUGGAUGAUAUACAGAUGCUAACCUACAGUUUAUGCCAUCUGUACUUUCGUUGUACAAGAUCUGUCUCCCUUCCAAGCCCUGCGUACUAUGCUCAUUUGGCUGCUUUCAGGUAAAUGUCUAUGAUUGUUUACAUAUAUAUAUAUCUCAGGAGAGUAUUGAAAUUUUCUUAGUUUUCAAGCCACUUAUUGCUUAAUACGGGGUGGAAGUAAUCAAGGGUUAACACACACCGGACAUUUAUUUUCCUUUUUCUUGUGCCUUCCAUUCAUUCAUGCAGACUGCUGCUUCCUGGAUAUCUAUUCCUUUCAUUUAUAUGUCCUUCACUCUAUCUAUCUGAAUCAUAUAGUUUUUCCUUGACUCCAAGAGAUCACCAUAGUUGAUCAAUGCAUGCAACUGGGGUAAGCAUUACUAAUAUAUUUUAUGUUAUUAUUUUCUGUAUAAUGUAUAUCCAUAAUAUAAAUAUAUAUAAUGGAAUGUGUGCUCAUUUUUUACAGUAACAUACAUACAGUAUGUAUAGCCACCAGCUUAUGCAAGUUAAAAUCUCUAAAUAUUUACCCUAAGCACAUUUUAUUAAGAUAUUUUUUAGAAUAAUUUAUAAAUUACCACAGGCAUGGGUGUACUGUGGAGGGACUGUUUCACCCCUCCUUUCCCUUCACCUUUGUUAAUGAAGGGGUUUUUGUCAGAUCAUCUUAAUUUAACAUGCCAAAGUUCCCUGUUCAAAAGGAUGAUUUCACGGUGUCCUGCCAUAAUGAAAAAUUUCUGUUUCACGUGGUGAUAAUUGGAUGAUAUAUGUUAAGUACCAUUUGUAAAGAUAUGGUAGAAACAGAAAGAAGGUUGUGUUGAUCAACCAAUUAAAAAAGAAAAGUUGUUAACAGGUGAUAUGCUGAUUAGUGGUGUUGAAUGCAUUAAAAAAUCAGUACAGUAGUUCAGUCAGGGAAAGGUGUUCCUAUACCCCCUGUGAUAACCCCAGUCAAGAUGUUACAGUCAAAAGCAUAACUCGGGAAUCUGAAGAAAUCACAAGUGUG